AUGAUACCCGGUCGACGACAAAUUUCCUGUCUUCCGGACGACGUUCUGCGACAGCUAUUCGAAACAGCCUCACGAGGUGACCGCAAGACUGCGCUAGCCUUGGCACUCGCCUCCCGCGCAUCACAACAUUGGAUAGACGAAGUUCUGUACUCAGAAGUUGUCCUUCGCAGCAAGAAUGCAACACGCCUGUUCCUGCGGACCAUUCAAACAUCACAUUUGAAGCCACCGACAUUCUUCAGCACUGUUGUUAAAACUCUCGUCAUCUGCCCGGACCUGGGCCCUUCGAGCAUUUCGAUACUCCUUUCAACCUGUCGAAGCAUCGUCAAUUUGUCAUAUUGGCCACUUCGACCCUCAUCAACCGCGCUCCCGGAAUACCACUUCGGCGAUUCUACAGUUAGUUCUACCUUAGGCUUGUCCGCGGUUUUGGGGCCGCCCUUUGCGCCUCACCAAAAUAUAAAUACCUCCAGUCCCAAUCCUCAAAAUGUAACCUUCGAACAAGCUCUUCUCCCUAGUCCUCGGAGGCUCUCCGUCAUCUUUCAAGAAGAGCACAGCCUCCCCUAUUUCAGACCGCCGCUUUUCCGGUCCCCGUUCCUCUCCAACGUGACGCAUCUAUCUGUAGUCAAUCCAUGGGAGGAAUGGACGUUGUGGGUCCAGGCGGGGAUGCUCACAUCGGCGAUGCCUUCUCUCACACACGUCAAGUUCGAGCUCUGUGUCGGUCAAGAACCAUCUGGCCCACAAGACCUGCCGUCCCCGUGGAGCAACAAGAUAACAAAGGUGGCCGACGCGCUCACUGACGUUCUACAAUGGGGACUCGCGCUUCGAGUGUGCGUUCUCGUGCUCCGAUUCGAUAUCGAGCCAACGAAGACGGCGAAGUUCAUUUCUCAUCUCACAUUCCCUAAACCUCCCAUCAGUGAAGAAGAUGCAGCAGACAUGACACGUGAGGAAAGGCAGAAACCUGGGUUUGACGCGCGGCUGGUGUUCGCAUGGGAGAAAGAGCCGUUUCGAUAUAAUUAUGCACAUUCCGUGCAAGAAAGGAAGCUGUGGAAGGCAGCCGAGAUGGUCGUAAAUGCUCAGAGAAUUACUUCGGGGUAUGGCAUGUUGAACUGUGACCGCCUUCCUUAA